AUGUAUAAAGCUUACCUACAGCUUCUAAUGCAUCGGGAAAAUGAAAUACAACAGCAUGUUUAUAACUGCCUGAAGACGUACAAGUUUCCUUACUUGAAACCUUAUGAGGAGCAGUUUGAUAAGCUGUUGCAAGAUAAUACUUUCAAAGAUGCGCUUACGCUUUUUGCAGCUGGAGAUGAAGUAGAAAUGGUCAAGAAAGACCACCGAAAUGAUGUCAUUAAUAUUCUUAUCAGGUUGCUUUAUGGUAAGUUGCAGAGGCGAUCAGGACUCGGAGUUAGUGGUAAAUCCAGCCAAUCAGCAAGAAGGAACAUAAUCAUCAACUUCAUUUCUUGUUGCCCGGAGGAAGAGCUUACUACCUUCGUCAACUUAAUAACCGAACCAUUUAAAGACAGCAAGAAGGACAGCAUACAUGAAGUAAUUCCACUACGAAAGCAAAUUGGCUUUCUCCAUAUGCUGCAUACAAUUCUGACAAGACUGAGUGGCCUCAUCGUUCCACAUGUCGAUCAUUUGCUGAAAACUCUUCUCGAUAUUCUUGAGAAAUGCCAGAUGUGCCUUGAAAGACGCAACCAAAUAAACUCGACCUUCAUCGGACAGCUGAAAUCAAUUCGACAGUUGAGUAUCUCAAGAAUCACAGAGUUUUUUGAAAUAUUGCCUGAUUUUGAUUUCUUGCCGUAUGUCGACAUGAUCUUCAUAAAUGCAGUGAUGCCACAGAUUUCUCGCCUGCAUCAAGAGUCGCAACAACACCCUUCACCUCUGUUAAAGCUCCUUUACCAUUGGAGUACGUCACCCAAGUAUUAUGAGUGGCUGAAUAAAGAUCUAAGAUGCUUUCACAUCAAAGCAUCGUCACUACAAACAGAGGAGGCAGGUGCUUUACGCGAGACCACUGUUGUGCCAGUUUCAAAUGAUCUGCAGACAGAAACUCCCCUGCGCUUUAUACUUAAGAUCCUGGGCGUUAAAGACAAAUCGGAAACUGUUGUAAAGAUGUUGAUGAAAAUGGUGCAAAGUAUUAUUCAAAUGAAAGCAAAUGGUGAUGAUGAUGAUGAUGCCAUUGAGGGUGUAGAACGAGGGGAUAAUGCAUUACGAAGUUCUGCGCUAAAGAUGAUUGAUGGCCACAUUGAUAAUCUGCUGAACCAUCUCUUCGAAGCAGUCAAACGGAAGACAGGAGCACAGCUAUCCAAGAUCAAAGCUAAAGACGAAACCUUUCAAGCAGAACUGAGCGUCUUGGCUCUUAUUAGCUCAUUUGUGACAGAUCCCUCGCAGUGCCAAACAGUUGUUUCUAUUUUAUUUCCAACACUGAAAUGGAUAAAAAAUGAAACUGAUCAAGUUAAUACGUUAAUCACUGUGAAGAACCUUGUAAAGCAUUGUGGAAAUACACGACAGAUAGCCGUCGAAACGAUGAAUUUGUUUAUGAGUCUAAAGGAAAGAAAACCAAGGACUAUUCUCUGUGAAUUGUUUCAGGUUGUAUUUGAUUCGUCCGAAAUAUGCUGCAUCAUUCGUGACAUGAAUUCUUGGGAUAAGAAGUUUGUUGAUGAACCUGAUUUCGAACUACGUUUCCAAGCAUUCAGCAGGGCAACAUCGAUGCUCAAAGCAGUAGAUCUCUCAAGCAAGCAAAUCAAGCCAGUUUUAGCCAAUUGCUUGUACUUUUCAUUGGAAGUUCAGGACAUGUCGUUGAGGGACGUGUCCAUCAGUUUCAUUAUCCAUAUGAUUGAUUUUAUCAAAGCUAGUGGCAGUAGGGUCGUUGUCGAUGAUUUGCUAACUGGGCUGCUUUUGCCUGUUGUCAGAAAGGCUGUGAGGUCCAAGAAUGAGAUUGUGCGAGGCGAGUACACCAAGAUUCUCUCAAGGGUUGUUAAACAUAUCGACGAGUCUUCGGUUUCGGAUAUGAGAAUUUUAACAAACGAAGAUCCAGAAGUUGAUUUCUUUGAGAACGUCAGGCACAUACAGAUGCACCGCAGAAUUCGAGCUGUUAGACAUCUAGCACAGCUGUCGAAAGAAGGAAAGCUAAAGCAAAAUUCCCUCUAUGCCUUUCUGCUUCCACUCAUCAGCAAUUUUAUCUUCGAUAACGUGGCAUCGAAAGACCAUAACCUUGUCACGGCAACCAUAGAAGCAAUGGGAGCUAUCGUGCAUGCUUUGCCCUGGCAGCGGUAUUCUCAUGUCUUGAGAAAUUAUUUACGUCUAUUGCCAAAAGAGAAAGCCAAAAAGAAAAUAAUCAUAAGAGUUGUUGUUGCUGUUCUGGAUGCUUUCCACUUCGACAUGACGAUGUUAAGUGACGAUGAUAUCAAGCCAGCGCCACAUUCAGGGGAAUUGCUAUUGGAUUUUAUAGAAAAGGUGAAUCAGAAAAAGGUGGCAGAAGGAAUUCAAGACCUGGACAAUGGAGCUAUCAUAAAGGAGAAUGAAAAUGCAGUAGAAGACGAAGAUAACGAGGAUGAAGAUGAAGCUGACAUGGCAGACAAUAAUCAUGAUCAAGAUUGUAAAAAAAAUGAAUCUACAUCAGCGAUGAAAAUACACAAGACUAUUCUGACAACAAUUUUGCCACAGCUGCAUAAAUCUCUCGUCAAGAAGUCCUUUGUUGAAGAUUUCCAUCGCAAGUCACGGAACAAGGAGAUUGACGAUGACGCGGUGCUUCGGGUACCGAUUGCACUUGCCAUUAUCAAACUUCUACAGAAGCUUCCCAAAUCAACAUUACACGAACAGCUGCCCGGUGUUCUAUUACGUGUUUGUCAGACCUUGAAAAGCAGAGCCCGAGAAGUCAGAGAAACAGCUCGGGAGACAUUAGUGCAUAUAGCAUCGUCGCUUGGCCCAGAGUACUUUCCUUAUGUGCUCAAAGAAAUGAAAUCGACUUUGCAACGAGGCUAUCAGUUGCAUGUAUUGGCGUUUACACUUAAAUCAAUAUUUGACGCCCUGUUUGAUCAACUGAAGCCGGGUGAUUUGGAUCAGUCUCUUGCAAGCAUUAUUGAGGUUAUGAUGCAAGAUGUGUUUGGAAAUAUUGCUGAAGAGAAGGAAGUUGAAGGGAUAACUGGAAAGCUUCAUGAAGCCAAGACGACCAAGAGCUACGAUUCCUUUGAAAUAGUGUCACAGUUUGUAUCUCCUGCAUCCUUGGGAAACCUUUUAAAGUCAGUGAGAGUGCUGCUAGAGACCUCUCAUACACACAAGGUGAGCAACAAAGCCAAAGAAGUGCUGCGGAGAAUCGGUGUUGGCUUGCAAAAGAAUUCCUCGUUGUCUUUGACUGAUCUCUUGGUCUUUAUUCAUCAAACACUUUCGGGUUUGCAGCCUGUUAUUAUGGAGAGUAAUUCUAAAGAAUUAAGGAAGGAAAAAGAGGGGGAAGAAUUCAGAAGACAAGAUAUAUAUCUAGUUAAAAAGGAGCCUGGGCGUGGACAGAAGAUUGUUGAACACGAUAAAAAGGCCAAUUUGCAUCUUUUAGGAGAGUUUUGUCUGCAGUUGUUGCAUUCAUUUCUGAAAAAUCAAAAGCUGAUGCCCUCAAACCAGGAACACAUAAGAAUGCUUGAUCCGUACGUGACAGUUCUUAUUCAAUGCCUCAAAUCAAAGUACAAUCGGAUUAUAAUACUUGCUGCCAAAUCCAUGGCUCUUUUGAUUCGUUUCCCCCUUCCGUCGCUUCAAACCAACACGAAAACUUUAGCUACAUUGCUGUUCAAACUACUGAAGAAUUACGCAAGAAUUGGCGCUGGAACGGGGGACAACUACGAGCUUGUUCUAUCAACAUUUAAGGCUAUGACGGUCAUUAUCCGGGACAAUAAACACUAUAAAGUGACAGAAGAACAAUUGAAAAUCUUGCUUGCAUUCGUUGAAGAGGAUGUUUAUGACUACACAAGACAAGCGACAGCAUUCCCUUUGUUGAAGGCAAUUUUAUCACGCAAGUUAAAUGCAAAGGAGAUUGUUGAUGUUAUGAAAAAAGUGGCUGAGCUUUCAGUUACCAGUGAAUCGGAUUCGGUACAGCUUCAAUGUCGACAGCUGAUGUUGCAGUAUCUUCUUGAUUACCCACUUGGAAAGAACAUUGAAAAACAUCUUCAGUUUUAUGUUUCUAACUUAGGGUAUGAUAUUGAAAGUGGGCGACGAUCUGCGUUGGAGAUGAUGGCCGUUUUGAUAAAAAACUUUCCGGAAGAACGCAUUAAUGAAUACUCCAGCUAUUUCUAUUUUCCUCUUGCCAUGCGGCUGAUCAAUGACGAAUCUGCUCUCUGUCGAAAAUUAUCAAAUGCUGUUCUGAAGACUUUGUUACAAAGGACUAACGCCGAGAAGAGGACAGAACUCCUUGAGCUGACUUUGAAAUGGCUGCAGCAGGAAAAGGUAUCGGUGCAAAGGCUUGCUAUGCAGAUUAUUGGAAUAUUUGCUGAAGUUGAAGGAGCAGCAUUCGAGAAAAGGCUGUCUGCAAUAUUACAAAGUAUAAACAGUGCUAUUAAGCCAUCAUCAUACACAGCCCCUGAUGAUUAUGAUGAUCAGUCCAAUGAGAUGAAAUCAAAGGAUCAGUUUCUUUUCAAUACGUUGACUGCCCUCAUGAAAAUUUUUCAAAACUGUGACGUCAUCAGGAAGAUUUCGUUUCAAGAAUCUUUAACUGAGAUUUGGGGCAGCAUCCAGGCUCAUUUGCAGUACCCACAUACCUGGGUGCGUCUGGUAUCUAGUCAGUUAUUUGGUUUCCUUUUUGCUUCGUGGCCCCCUUCUGAACUUGUUACGUUUUCAAGAGAAGGUGCUGCAAACCGAUUCUAUAUCACGGAUGAUCUUCCGUCCAAGGUAAAACUUCUUUGCAAGGAUUUUUGUGACCAAUUAAAAUCGGAGAACCUGAGCCAAGAAUUUGGGGAACAGAUCACCAAGAAUCUAAUUUAUUUGAUAAAGCUGAUAAAUUUGUCAAGCCAAGAUUUUAAGGUUGCAAAUGGAGCUGAUGCAAACUCAGUAGAAGAAAAAGGGGGCAAAGGCGAUGGCAGUGCCAGCACACUGUCUACAUUGCGAUGGCUUCUGAACAAAUUAUCCAAUUUAGCAAGCUUUGAAGCAUCGCAAGAGCAAAAGGCUCAAAUCAAGCGAAUGUGCGUAUUUCGAUGCUUGGCUGCUGUUUCGAUUGACCUUGGAAAAGAUGGUAUCACCCCGUACAUAUCAGAGAUUCUGAAACCCCUUCAUAGAGAGCUUGUCAGUUCUUCACCAGAGUCAGAGUUGUACAAGUUAGCAUUAGAGGUUAUAGAAUUGAUCAAAGAAGUUGUUGGAAAGGAGGUUUUUGCAGAGAUAUAUGCCAAAGUUCAGAGGAAAGUAUCCGAGAAAAAGGAAUUCAGAAAAAGAAAAAAUGCAGAAGAGGCUGUUGUUGCCCCUGAGAAGUUUGCAAAGAAGAAACAGAAGAAGAAUCUCCAAAAAAGAGAUCAGAGAAAGCGAAAACUGAUCGAAAAAAAGCCAUCUUUGCUGAAAGGCAAUAAAAGAACAAAGAAUCAACCAAUUUAACCAAACUAUAUCGGGUCAAAUUCUAUAUUGCCAUUUUCCUAAUAAGCAAUUUCUUUUUUCUUUGAAAUAUUUAAUAGUUUUUUCGUCAAAAUAUUCUUAUCUUUGGUA